AUGGAAGCCGAAAAACAGGAGCAGACACCGACCUUAGCCAGCCUACCACCAGAGAUUAUGUCCAUGGUAGCAAGCCAUCUCCCACCGGUGGAUGUGGCCUGCCUUGCCCUAUGUAACCAUGCAACUCUUUCUAUCCUUGGAGCGUGGGACACAUUGGAUGCGUUUCCCAAUGAUCGGCAGGUGUUUUUAAACCGACUGGCGGCUGACCUCCCACCGUUCUACUUCUGCCACUUUUGCUCUAUUCUCCAUCCUAGGGACUGCCUCGAUCUUCCUGGGCCAACACUCCUUCCUAAACCUCCACUUUAUUUUCAUGGGGGUAGGGUUAGCUCCCUCCGUCCAUUUCUUGUGCACCCAGAGCUGGACUCUCUUUAUUCCUUCUACCACUACCACUUGCAGCUCGCUAUGAAGAGGUACUAUUAUGGACCGGAGCACGGUAUCUCGACAGAUUCUCUACUCUUUACCGAAGUUCAUAGACAAAAAGAAACCUCUACUACCUCUUUGUUAUCCGUUGAAGCCCGGGUCUGCUCGGGUCCUUGCCUAUGUCUGCGGAUUCAAACGUGGGCCGCAGUAGAGACCCGAAGCAUAGAUAGGCUCAUUCUCAACAUAAAUUUUGUAUUUCUCUGUGACCAUGUUGGAAUGAGACGUGUUGGAAUAAGAGGCCAAAACCCAAUAAUGCCUCCAUUGGUUAGGUCGGCGUUCACCAAGUCCAAAAUCUCUAAACAGCGUGGACUCCCCUUUGAACCAGAUGUCUUCAACUGUCGAGCAUGUGGUGCUGACUAUCAGGUGGAGGUAAGAGCUCUUGACAGAAACAGACUGGCUCUAGUAACUACUAAAUGGAUAAAUCUUGGAGCCGGCCUUGACCCUAAUGAUAUCCGUUGGAAGAAGAAUAGCCAGAUACAGUAUUCUGUCGAUUCGGAUGCUAUAAGAUCGUCUAGAGAGACUCUGUCUUUGUUUGAGGGUGCAGAAGGCCCCUCCCUGGAUUCUCUAACCCAGAAGAACGAAUCAUACUUAUUAUAUGAUAGUUAUAUGUACUCCUUGGACCACUGGAAGUUUAGAAUCUGGAUGAUGCAAGGCGGAAAACAUGGCUGGUGGUUCCAUUUCUCUUAUAAAGUGGCCGGAAUUUUUGUCCAAUUUCUUCUUCUCUGGCCAUGGUGGACUGGUGCCGCUAUGCUUUACCUUUCUGCUUAUUGGUAUAACGUACUAUAA